AUAAAUUAUUAUUAUUGAAUUUAGGUUUAAUUUGACUAAUAGGAUUUUGUUUUUGCAUUCCUAGCGUCGAAUAAAUUUUAUGCAUACAUUUGUUGCUGAUCAUAUUAAAAAUGCACCGUAAUCAACAAAACCUUAAUUAUUACGGAGCAACACAAAUUAAGGAAUUUGGAUUAUUCCUAGAGGGUUAUGAUGUUAAAUUGCAACGGUUCAUGUCUACUAAGGACUGCGACGAGUCAACCAUUCCGAUGAUAUCAAUUCAUUUGGAUUCGUCGAAAGAAGAUCUUAGCUGCAUUCAACUGAUCGACACCGACAAUAAGAUUUUGAACAAGAUCCUCUACUCGUUCAGUGCAUUGUGCCAUGAAGUUGAUCAACUGAAGGAAGAAUUUGAGGCCAUCGUUCGAGAGUUUCUUUGCUUUGAUGAAUCAUUGGACGAUAGUACGGAACAGUUACGCGAAGAGAGCAUGGUUGCUGUUGGUCGAUCGUCGUUGUUGGCCAUAAGUGGGAAGAUUGAACUUCUUGCACGAAUCAAAUGCUACUUUGAACGAAUCGUGGAAGUGGCCGUCGUUAUUGUUCUGCAGCUGGGGGCUCUUUUCGAUCCGUCGCAUAAGCUGGGACAUUUCAAUCAUACCAACUGGGAGAUGGAUCUUAUGUUUAAUUACUUGUCAGAAUUGGUUUACAUGCCGCUGAUUUUUGACUAUGUCUUGGGAAGCUCAAUUUUCAAAACUUAUUGGAAGUUUUACGUGAAGCAGAUGAAAGGACUCAAGCUGAAUCCAAAAAAGUUAUCCAGGCCUAUCAAAACGGAUCAGAUCUAUGAUCUGAAUAAAGCAAUAGAUGAAAUAUCGGUAUGGCUUGAUGAGAAUGCCUAUAAGCACAUGCUGGAAGCAAUGUUCAAUGCAAAGCAGAAGUUGGUGAUUGAAUCGGGGUCAGUAUUAUCGGAGAAGUUCCAGAAAUAUCUUAGGCAGCGUUUAACCGAAGCUAGCAGCUACAAUGCUAAUCUUUCCAACAUCGAAGAAACUACAAAUGUUGUUAAGCUCAAUGCGAUGGUCAACUUGUAUCACUACAUUUUCGUUAGUAUCGAUAGCAAAGUGAUCAAAAAUUUGAUGGAUAUUAAUGAUAAGUUUUGUGGCGUACCUUUGAUUGGUAAGGUGAUGUGGAUUCCGGACGAUUUCUUCCGUAAAUAUGGCCACAAAUCUAUUCGGGACUGCGAUCGAAAUGACUACCGCAAGGCGCGUGAGGCUGCACUUACAUACAGAAAGAAAAGCAUGGUCAAAGAUAUACUGGUAUAUUGCAUUCAGAUAACCAGUUGGCUAGUUCGUAUCAGUGCAGCCUUUAAGACAACGAAGUAUGACACCACUUUGGACACUCUGCGCCAAAAGUGCGGUCUUAUCUUCGAAGGCGUUCAGUACGCUAAGGAGAUCAGUUUUCUCGUACAAUCGAUAACAUCGCUUCAUCUGCUGAUGCACGAAUCCAUCAGCCAGCAAAUGUUCCAUGCAGUGGGAAAGCUAUUGGAAUAUUUACAGGCUAUACAAAAUUUCUUCGACACCAAUCAACAAGCCGUUGCAGAGACUAAUCAGUUUAUCAUCCAGCAUCUGCAGCACAAAAUAUUUGUAAUCGUAGGACAUUCGAAGAAAAAGCUGAUUAGCGAUGCCAAGCAAGCGAAACUGAAGAAAAGUGAAAUAUUCAUUGAUAAAUUGUCGGCUUUCCAUGUGAUCGAACGGUGCAUGAGCGGUCCAGCGAAUCGCACUCGUUUGACUAUCACUCGCCUAGCGAUAUCAAUCAGCGACCCUCGGCAAUCGCUUGCGCCGGAAAGUUACGAAAAGAUUCGCAUUCUGCUAGAUCAACUGGAAACUCUGUCCAAUCUACAAGCCAAACUAAGCCAACUAAGUGACACACAGUUCCUCUACUGGCAUCAAACAUUCUUUGCACUAUACAUAUUGGAUUUCUACGACCAAAAUGCUGCUCAGAACAACCUGAAGUUUUUGCUUCAAUCCGCAUCGACUUGUUGCGAUACCGUGUCUCAGGUUUCAUCCGCUGGUAGCAUGAAAGAUUCGGUUGAUGCGCUAUCUAAAAGCCACAGAAAAUCAUUUCACGAAAAACUGCUAAAUCAAAUAAGCAAUCACAUCGAAACUUACAUUCGCCUGGACUAUUAUGGGAAGACAUCGCAAAUUGAACCCUUCAAUCCGUUUAAUGAUACCACAAUGGCACUGUGUAACAUCUACUCCUUGGUACGGAUGGAGCCCAUCAUCGUCGGAGGUCAGUACCUUUGCGUUAAAGAACACGUUGAGCGUUAUCUGAGCAAUACUUACUACACGCUGGCGUCAAUUUCCCAGCACGACUGGAAAAUUUAUAAGGAAAUGCGUUGCCAUGCGGCCAGCUUCGAGAUUGACACCAUCGAGGAUCAGCUACCGAAGCAAACACUGGAGCAAGGGCUGGAUGUGUUAGAAAUUAUGCAUAACAUCGAACACUUUGUUAGCCACUACGUGUACAAUUUGAAUUUCCAGAUCUUCAUCGAACAGUCUAGUAGUAAUAAUUUCCUGAAUACGGUCAAUAUCGGACACAUUGCAAACUCGUUGAGAAGGCACGGAAACGGGAUCAUCAAUACUACGGUAAACUACACAUUCCAAUUUCUUCGCCAAAAGUUCUUUGCCUUUUCGCACUUCCUGUACGAUGAGCAAAUUAAGGCUCGUCUAACUAGUGAUGCCAAAUAUUUCCUGGAAAACGCCGAAGCGCUCAAUCAAACGUACGACUACAAUCGAGCACAUGCGUUCAAUCGGAAGAUCAAAAACCUAGGCCUAUCGGAGGCCGGCGAAACCUACAUGGAUUUGUUUAGAAAGUUGAUCUGUCACAUAGGCAACGCAAUGGGCUAUGUUAGAAUGAUACGUUCCGGUGCUCUGCAUGAAUGUACAGAGGCUACCGUUUUUCUGCCGGUUAUUGACGGGGAUCUCAAUUUUACCAAAUAUUGCAAGGAAGAAUCACUGCAUGAUAUGACUGCUGUGGCUGCGGAGAUCUUAGAAAAUGAUAUCAAUAACUUGUGCAAAAAUUACCGCAUUGAUACCAAUUAUUUCCGAUUAUUAGUCAAUGCAUUUUUAUCGUUACGCCAUGCGGAGAAUAUUCAUUUGCAGAAUUUCUACAUGAUUGUGCCACCUCUCACCAUCAACUUCGUGGAGUAUCUUUUGAAAGCGAAGGAGAAGAUUACCAAAAAAGACAAAGUAGGUGCCUUAUUCACUGAUGAUGGAUUUGCUAUGGGCAUUUCUUACAUCCUGAAGCUGUUGGAUCAAACAACCAAAUUCAACUCCUUGCAUUGGUUCCGUUCGGUCAAGAAUAAAUACAAUCGAGAAAUUGAGAAGUUGGAUGCCCAACAGCAGCAGUUUGUGAAAUCCAGUGAUGGCGAUAAAUUGAUGCAAACAUUUGCUUUGACAAGAAAACGUCUCAAGAUGGUUCAGCAGGAGUUUGACCUACUGUUUUGUAAUCUUAGCAGUGCAAAGAUAUUCUUCAACGAUGCUGUGGAUUAAUGAAAGGUAUGAUAAGCAUACUCGUACUAGGUAUAUUUAUGUUGUUAUCUA